ACAGAUUGCCUGGGGACUCCCAUCGUCUACUCACCAGUCAAGGCAGACCUGACUGGAAAUAUCAAGAAAAUCCGGGCGGUUUACGACUCCAACCCCGCCAAGUUCAAAACGCUACAGAACAUCCUGGAGGUGGAGAAGGAGAUGCACGGCUCGGCAUGGCCCAAGACGGGCGCGACGCUGGCGCUGAUGUGGUUGAAAAGGGGCUUGAAAUUCAUGCUGGUGUUGCUGCAGAGCAUUUCCGACGGCGAGCGGGACGAGGAGCAUCCCAACCUCAUCCGAGUGAAUGCCAUGAAGGCUUACGAGAUCGCGCUGAAGAAAUACCACGGCUGGAUGCUGCAGAAGCUCUUCACGGUGAGCGUUCGCGUCUCCGCAGAGGAAAAAUGA